GAAAAGGCGAAUCUUUUCUGUUCUCCAGAGUAAGUCGGAGCAAAUGCAACCCAUUACAAAAGACUGUGAAGUAGAAGUGUCUUACGACAAGAAUGGCGUGAAAGGCGCUUGGUACAGAGCCAUUCUUGGAGACAGCCCAACCAAAUCACAACAACACAAGUUGCUCCGAGUCCGUUACACGACGCUGCUCAAAGAAGACCGUUCGUCUCACCUGACCGAAAUCGUGGAUCAUAGCUUAAUCCGACCUGUCCCACCUAAGGAUGACGGAGCUGAGUUUGAGGAAGGCUUGGUGGUCGACGCUUAUUACAAAGGUGGUUGGUGGAGUGGUCUGGUUGUUAAAAGGAAAGAGGAGGAUGGUACAUAUCUUGUUUCUUUCGAUUCACCACCAGACAUCAAUCAGUUCGAGCGAAAGCAAGGAAUUGGGCAAGUCCGUGUUUAGUUCUGGGACCAUGGUUGAGUUGAGGUGGUCUUUUGCUUGGCGUCCGGCAAUGAUAAUUAAAGAGGUGGAGAAUGAGGAGAAAUUCAUUGUCAAGUACUGUGAUGAUACGUCCUGCAGAUUCAGCGAGAGAUCGAAAAUCAGUGUCAUUGAUUCGCGAGAAGUCAGGCCAAGACGGCCUCUUUUUUCUGUUGGAGAGUAUGAGUUGUUGGAUCGUGUUGAGGUGGUUGUUGGUUCUGUAUGGUCUGAAGGUGUUGUGAGAGGGAUUGUCUUCAAGGGACGGUACAUGGUUAGUUUCGGGAAAACAAAGGUGGCCUCUGUGCAAGUCAGUUGCUCUGAUAUUAGGCCUCCAAUGGAGUGGGAAGAUGGGAUCUGGCACAAAAGACCAAAGACAAAAUCCAAAUUCUUUGGCAAGUAUUAUAGUCGUAAGAGGAAACGAGGACAUGUACAACACAAGUCAGACCUCAAUGAUACUGUGCGAACCCCUACUACUUUGGUGAAGAACUUUGCUUCUAAUGUGGAGGACACUCAAGCAACGGACACAAUGAGGGUUCUGCCCUUUGCAAAUAAGUCACUGUUGUGGAAGAUUUAUGAAACAAUGGAAGUCUUCAAGAAACUGCCACAAAGUCCUCAUUUUAGCCCGUUGAUUGAGUCGACUAGUGAAGAUUUCCGUGAAGGGUCUGCGUUAGGAAUGAUGGCUACCUUUUCUGGAUUAUUUGAGAAACUGAAAGAUAUGGAGUCCGACGUGACCAUAAGCCAACUAGAUAGCCUCAAAGACUCGUUUACCAAGCUAGAGGAGCAUGGAUUUGAUGUUACAAGGCCUUUAUCACGGAUCAACAAGCUGUUGGCUCUCAAGGGUAGACAACUGAAAAUAUUGGAGGGACGUAGAGGUCUUGACAAAGAGAGGAUGGAUGAAUCUAGCAUAAGGCGCAAGGCUGAACUAGAGUUUGGUGAGACGGAGCGCAAGAUGGUUGAGGUUAAACGCAAGAUUCUCGAGCUUCAAAGGCAAGAAGCGGCUCUGAAAGAGCAGAAGGAAGCGGCGGAAGAACAGAAGGAUCAAGCCUGCAGAAAGAUAUGGAAGGUGGAGUCAUGUGCGAGAGAUCUUGGUGUAAAGCUUGAAGAUGUGGAGUUUGAUUUUGAGACAAUUUUGUCUGCUCCUUGGUAAGUUAAAACAAAAACAAAAGGUGAAGAAGAGUGAAAUAUAUGUGUCAUUGAAGCUGAUGUGGUAAAGACUUUUUUUUGUAUGUUCACCUGAUGUGGUAAAGAUUAGUAAUGUCUUGACAAUGUUAUUGAAAUUGUAUUUUGCUUUUUCAUUGUGCUAAGUCUUAACUUGGAAAAUCUUAAUCCCAAGUUUCUAAACACAAGUAUUGUAGUUGCA